UGUUCCUCCGAGUGGCAGCGGCAGUAUCCCAGGUGUAGUGACCGCAGAUUUACCGUCCAGUUCGGCUCCGGACUUUUCAACUUUCGUUCUGCCGCGCGAUCUCACCGACGACGACGACUCCGCGUCCUCGAAAGUCGGAUCCUAUCCGCGAUUCUGUGCUCCAUCCGACCGCGCUCUCCGCCCCGACUGAUCGUCCUCGAGGAUUUCGGAUUCCACUUCCCGCGAGUUUUUGAAAACGACCGUUGGAGACAAAUUGCUUGCUGUAUUCCAAGACGUGUUCAACUGGUCAUAGGAAUAAAAUUUCUUGAGUGUCAUGGUUCCAAAAGCAUAGGCUUCAUUUUCGAAAGGGUUCAAGCUUGGGUGCGCCACUUCCUCUUUUCUUUGAAAUCGCCGUCAAAAUGUCGUGGAAGCGAAGUCGCCUGGAGCCGCGUUGGUCCCUGUUGCUGCUGUCCCUGCUUCAAGCUACCCGCGGGUCGUUUGGGGACGAGAAGGGGGGAAGUGGAAGUAGCGGCGGAGGAAGUAUGAGCUCGGGGGCGGAGACCUCUCACAUGUCGUCCUCCAUGGAGCAGACCCCGGAGCAAGCCUACUUCAACCUCAUCAUGAAGCAGAAGUACGACGCCGACAAGAAGGAUAUGAUGGCCGCGCAUGCGCACGCCGCUCACACACACCCUCACCCACACACGGAUAUGAUGAAGAUGGGCAACAAGGAGAUGAGGAAACCCUCGAAAAUUACGUCUACUAGAAAAGGACGGGGUAAAAAAGGUGACAAAAAAAUGCAGAUGAUGUACCUGGGUUUGAUGUAUAUUAAGUCGGUAAUUCAGAUGGUCAUGAUGGCAAUAGGACAAGUUCUGCAAUUCAAGAGUGUUGUCAUUUCUCUAGUCAGUGUCAUGAUCCAGGUGGCGCAGUUCGUGAUGAUGCUGCGGCAGAAGCACGCGGUGAAGGCGCACGGGUACCACGGGGGGAAGCUGGCGCCGGUGGAGUCCUCCGGGGUGGGCUGGGGCGGCGGCUCCGGCUACGACCACGACAGCUCCAGCGACAUCGUCGAGGACGGCGGCCUCGGGACCUACGCCGGCUACCGCUACGACCAAGGCAACGCCCCCGCCCCCGGCCCCGGCGCCGGCCCCGCUCAGGGCAACAACCCCGAUUUGGGCCACUACACUUACGGACCCUCCUACAAGCACUGACCCAUACCACCCCCAUUCCGAAGACGGACCGGCUUAAGCCAGGAAUUGCAUAUCCAUGUUCCCAGCUCUAGGAUCAAGCUCACCAUAGAAUGAGUCAAGACUCAUCACGACAUGAACUAGAGGAAGGUAGAGUACCUCUAUGGGGGGAGUAACAAAGACAAGACCCUCUACUGCGGGCUGAUUGUUGAAGUUGAUAGACAAAGCUAUAGAGGAAGAAGACAUAGGGAGUAUGGAGCGAUUCUAUCGGUUAAAGCGGACGGUUGUUAAGGUGAUUCGUCAAGCUCAAUUGACGUGGUCGAACUUGCAUGCCAUAUAUCGCAUCGAUUAGGUAAAACAUCUCGGCAGGUUUUGAAAUUUUAGCAAAAAAAAAA